AUGCAACAAAAUCUCCUUAACUCUCUCUGCAAGGACUUUAUACCUAGAAAAGUGAUCGAUACCGAUUUGUUACUCGCUGAUAUCUUUUCACUGAUUUUAUCUGUAUUAAGAAAAUACCUCAAAGCCUACAAGCCUUUUGCACAAUCAACCGUAGUUACCAACCGAAAAAACUCCGACACAACGCAAAUGCAACGAGUUUCCACUAGCAACAAAUUAUCAGUACAACGUAAGUAUUGCUAUUCUGUACCUAUUCCGAAACCGGCUCCAUUCAUUUACAUGGCCCAAUGCCGCAUAUUGCGCAACCCGAGAAGCAGAACAAAAUUUUUCACCGCCGAAUGUGGACUACCGAAGUUAUCAAAGAAAGGUUUGUGUGCACUAUUAAACCAUUCACUCAGAGUUGCGUGGGCCUGGAUAUACGAUCUGUCGGACAAGACUGAACAAUGA